AUGUAUGAAGAUGAAGACGACGAUCAGCCAAUGGAGGAGGAGAAUGAGGUCGAAAGCGAAGAUAUUAGUGCCGACCAGUGGCAGGAAGCUUGUUGGGUCGUGAUAUCCGCUUACUUCGACGAGAAGGGACUCGUCCGACAACAAUUGGACUCCUUCGACGAGUUUAUUCAGAUGAACAUUCAACGAAUCGUGGAAGAAUCACCGCCAGUUGAACUACAAACUGAAUCUCAGCAUUUCACGGGCGACAUCGAGAAUCCGACAAAGUUCACAUUAACCUUCGAGCAGAUCUACUUGUCAAAGCCGACACAUUGGGAAGUUAACGGCUCACCGACUCCACUGAUGCCAAAUGAAGCUCGUCUUCGCAAUUUGACUUACUCGUCACCUCUAUACGUGGAUAUUACGAAGGCGGUAACUCGCGAUGGAGAAACUCAAACUUCCAAGUCCGACAAAGUCUUCAUUGCCAAAAUUCCGAUCAUGUUGCGAUCUUCCUAUUGCAUGUUGUCCAGUAUGAGUGACCGAGAUCUUACUGAGUUGAAUGAGUGUCCUUUGGAUCCUGGCGGUUACUUUGUCAUCAAUGGUUCAGAGAAAGUGUUGAUUGCACAAGAAAAGAUGGCUCAAAACACCGUCUAUGUAUUCAGUAUGAAAGACGGCAAAUACGCUUUCAAAACCGAGUGUCGAUCAUGCCUCGAGAAUUCUAAUCGUCCGAACUCGACAUUGUGGGUAAAUAUGAUGGCUCGCAGUGGUGGCGGCUCACGAAAAACUCCAAUGGGACAAAGAAUUGUUGCUAUUUUACCCUAUAUCAAGCAGGAGAUUCCCGUGAUGAUUGUGUUUCGUGCACUUGGCUUUGUCUCUGAUCGUGAUAUCCUCGAGCACAUCAUUUAUGACUUCGAUGAUCCGGAAAUGAUGGAAAUGGUCAAACCGUCACUUGAUGAAGCCUUCGUGAUUCAGGAACAAAAUGUCGCUCUUAACUUUAUUGGUACACGCGGAGCAAAACCUGGGGUCACAAAAGAACAACGAAUCAAAUACGCCAAAGAAAUCCUUCAACGUGAAUUGUUGCCGCAUAUUGGAAUUUCGGAUUUUUGCGAGACAAGGAAAGCGUAUUUCAUUGGAUACAUGGUGCACCGACUUUUAUUGGCGGCUCUUGGUCGACGAGAACUUGACGAUCGAGAUCACAUCGGAAACAAACGUCUCGAUCUUGCAGGACCGCUUCUGGCGGCUUUAUUCCGUGCCCUUUUCAAGAACUUACUAAAGGAGAUGCGACUCACUGCUCAAAAGUAUAUCAAUAAGAAUGGUGAUUUCUCAUUGGAUGUUUGCUUGAAGACCUCUACUAUUACUAGAGGAUUAUCGUAUUCAUUGGCCACCGGAAAUUGGGGUGAUCAGAAGAAGGCGCAUCAAACAAGAGCCGGAGUACUCAAUCGACUCACUUAUACAGCAACUCUUUCUCAUCUUCGUCGAGCAAAUUCUCCAAUUGGUCGUGAAGGAAAGUUAGCCAAACCUCGUCAACUGCAUAAUACCCAAUGGGGAAUGGUCUGCCCCGCUGAAACACCAGAAGGACAAGCUGUGGGAUUAGUGAAGAAUCUUGCGUUGAUGGCCUAUAUUUCUGUCGGUUCCCAACCUUCACCGAUUAUGGAGUUUUUGGAAGAAUGGUCGAUGGAAAAUUUGGACGAAGUGGCUCCGUCAGCAAUUGCAAACUCAACAAAGAUUUUUGUGAAUGGUGCUUGGGUGGGAAUUCAUCGUGAUCCCGAAAAUCUCAUGUCAACCUUGCGCCGCCUUCGACGGCAAAUGGACAUCAUCGUUUCUGAGGUUUCAAUGGUUCGCGACAUUCGCGAUCGUGAAAUUCGCAUUUACACAGACGCUGGCCGUCUCUGUCGUCCGUUGCUUAUUGUGGAAAAUUUGAAGCUCACACUUAAGAAGACGCAUAUUGACAAACUAAAGGACCGAGAUAGUGGAAGUCAGUACAGUUGGUCAGACCUUGUCGGCGGUGGCGUUGUGGAACUUAUCGAUGCACAAGAAGAAGAAAGUUCUAUGAUCGCUAUGUUCCCGGAAGAUUUGCACUCAGGCUAUUGUGACACGUAUACCCAUUGUGAAAUUCAUCCCGCCAUGAUUCUCGGUGUAUGUGCCUCGAUCAUUCCGUUCCCGGAUCACAACCAAUCGCCAAGAAAUACCUAUCAAAGUGCUAUGGGCAAACAGGCCAUGGGCGUCUUCACGACGAAUUUCCACGUUCGAAUGGAUACAUUGUCGCACGUGCUUUACUAUCCCCAAAAGCCUUUGGUGACGACAAGAAGUAUGGAAUAUCUGAGGUUUAACGAGCUCCCAGCAGGAAUCAAUGCUGUGGUCGCUAUUGCAUCGUAUUCGGGCUACAACCAAGAGGAUUCGGUCAUUAUGAAUUCAUCCGGAAUCGAUAGAGGCUUAUUCCGAUCGGUCUUCUAUCGUUCUUAUCGUGAUCAGGAGGCGCACGUGAACUCUAUGCAUGCCAACGCUGAACUUAUUGAAAAGCCGACAAGAGACAAAUGCUCGGGAAUGAGGCACUCGCUGUAUGACAAACUUGACGACGACGGUAUCAUUUCUCCUGGAAUGAGAGUGUCUGGGGACGAUGUGAUCAUUGGAAAAACUAUCUCACUUCCUGAAACGGACGAUGAUCUUGAAGGGCAGGCCAAAAAGUACACGAAGAGGGAUGCCUCAACAUUUUUGCGUGCUUCAGAGACUGGAAUUAUUGAUCAAGUCAUGCUUACCCUGAAUUCCGAAGGCAACAAGUUCGUCAAAGUUCGUGUGCGAUCCAUUCGAACUCCGCAAAUUGGUGACAAGUUUGCGUCAAGGCAUGGUCAGAAGGGAACUAUGGGGAUCAUGUAUCGCCAAGAGGAUAUGCCUUUUACUGGUGAAGGGAUCACACCGGAUAUCAUCAUCAAUCCACAUGCUGUGCCUUCUCGAAUGACUAUUGGUCACUUGAUCGAAUGUCUACAAGGAAAGCUGUCAGCCAACAAGGGAGAGAUUGGAGACGCCACACCUUUCAACGAUACUGUGAACGUGCAGAAAAUCUCCAAGUUGUUGUCAGAGUACGGAUAUCAUCUAAGAGGCAAUGAAGUGAUGUACAAUGGACAUACAGGCAUCAAACUUACGACCCAGAUUUUCUUGGGACCAACAUACUAUCAACGCCUUAAGCACAUGGUUGAUGACAAAAUCCACUCGAGAGCACGUGGUCCUGUCCAAAUGAUGAAUAGACAACCCAUGGAAGGAAGAGCGAGGGACGGAGGGCUUCGUUUCGGAGAAAUGGAACGUGAUUGCCAAAUCUCACACGGAGCAGCCCAAUUCCUGCGAGAACGACUCUUUGAAGUUUCCGAUCCUUAUCAUGUCUACACAUGUAACAUUUGUGGUCUCUUCGUCAUUGCAAAUCUUCGAGUAGGAACAUUCGAGUGCAAAGCUUGCCGAAACAAAACGCAAGUUUCUGCCAUCCGUAUUCCAUACGCCUGCAAGCUGCUCUUCCAAGAAUUGAUGUCAAUGGGCAUUGCACCGCGUCUAAUGGUCUCAUCA